AUGUGGGUGGUGGAGAAUUGGAGGUUUGAUUUCGUCUGCCAUUUGGGUUCGAUGGGGAAGACGACAAGAUCUGUUCUUGGCCUAACUGGGAAGUUCAUCAAUGAUUUCUUGAGUUUUCUUGUGUUUUCUGUGCUCGAUGUUCUUGAUUUGAUCUUGUGUUAUGUGUAUAAGACGAUCGAUUUCUUCGUGGAAGCCGAAUGGAAGCCGUGCUAUUGUUCUUCACCGAAACAGGCGAUCAUUAGCAGCGGCAACAUUUUGGUGUCGGAGAACGGGGAGGCGGAGAAGAUUGUUUGUUUGACGUCUGCCAAGUUACAGCUUGAAGAGAUAUCGGAUACGCUUUACACACGCCCGUCAGUGGUGUUGGAGGUGUCGAAAACCACCGUGAAACGUCGGAAGGUGGUUAACUCUACGAAUUCCGCCACCGUCCAACGCGUCCAGUCGUCCCCGUUCGUGGUGAACAACACACUGGUGGAAUUGCUACAAGAAAAGAUCAGUGCCCAUAAGUCGCACCCGGUUCCACGGUGGUCCGAUUGCGAUUGCGAUACUUGUAACUCGUGGUCGAACUCUUGUAAAGAUACCCUUUUCGUCCAUACCGAAGGCCGUAAAGAUAAUGUUACCGAGAAUGUGUUGUUCAUUCACGGGUUUAUAUCGUCAUCAGCAUUUUGGACGGAGACAUUGUUUCCGAACUUCUCAAGAUCGAUAAAGUCGAAAUACCGGUUAUUCGCGAUCGAUCUUUUAGGGUUCGGAAAAAGCCCGAAGCCACACGAUUCGCUUUACACGAUGAAGGAGCAUUUAGACAUGAUCGAAAGAUCGGUUCUCGAACCCAACAAGAUCGAAUCGUUUCACAUCGUCGCUCAUUCUUUAGGCUGCAUUCUAGCACUGGCACUCGCCGUGAAAUACCCCAAUUCCGUCAAGUCGCUCACCUUACUCGCGCCGCCAUUUUUUCCAACGCCGAAAGGGGAGGAGGCGGCGCAGUAUAUGAUGAGAAAGGUGGCGCCACGGCGUUUGUGGCCGUUGAUCGCGUUCGGAGCGUCGAUGGCUUGCUGGUACGAGCAUGUUAGCCGGACGAUUUGCUUGUUGAUCUGUAAGCACCACCGUACGUGGGAGUUUCUUGCCAAACUCAUCACCAGAAACAGGAUUCGGACUUAUUUAAUAGAUGGCUUCUGUUGUCACACGCACAAUGCCGCCUGGCAUACCCUUCACAACGUUAUUUGUGGGACUGCUGGAAAGAUAGAAGGGUACUUAAACGUUGUUCAAAACAACUUGAAUUGUAGCAUAAACGUGUUUCACGGUCGAGACGAUGAGCUUAUUCCUGUCGAGUGUUGUGACAACAUCAAGGCAAAAGUUCCACGGGCAAACGUUAAGGUUGUCGAGAAGAAAGAUCAUAUCACCAUUGUUGUCGGGCGUCAACAAACAUUCGCUAGAGAACUCGAGCAUAUUUGGAAGACCGCAAAAACCAGUUAAAAGUGGUGUUACCAUCAAGCAUUCGGCUUGGUAGUGUUUGGUGUUAUAUCGUAAAUCGUGCUUUCUUGUUGUCUGUUUUCUUGGAAGG